UGAAGCCAGGCCUCUGACAGCAACAACUGAUGUCCGAAGCGCAAUUUUGCAUGGAAAGCAUGCAGUAAGGAUCUACAUUUUUCAUUGAAGUGAAGGCUUUUGUAUUGCACCAUGGCCAACACUGCCAUGCAACUGGUAGCUUUGAUUGUCUGCAUAAUCGGCAUGGUUGGGACAUUGUCUGCUACUAUUAUGCCACAGUGGAGGAUCACAGCACACAUCGGAGCGAACGUUGUGACUGCCAUUGUCUACAUGAAAGGGCUGUGGUGGGCCUGUGCCAUGUUUAGCACUGGUGUCUUUCAGUGUGAGACCUACAACUCCGUCCUGGAGCUUCCAGCAAACCUGCAGGCCGCACGAGCCAUGAUGGUCAUUUCCGUCGCUCUCUCCUUGCUCGCUAUCACCAUUUCUGUGGUGGGCAUGAAAUGCACUGUGUGCGCCAAGGAUUCUCCCAUAAAGGACAAAAUUGCUGGAACUGGAGGAGUCUUCUUUAUCAUAGCUGGACUGAUGGGCUUGGUACCUGUGGCAUGGACAAUGAAUGGGGUGAUACUGUAUUUCAACGACCCCUUAAUUCCAGGUGACCUCAAGUUUGAAAUUGGUGAGUCCCUGUACCUCGGGGUCGUUGCUGCCAUGUUGACCAUCAUUGGAGGAGUCAUACUGGCCAUGUCAUUCAUAGGUAGGAAAUCGGAGCCGUACAGUAGACGACCCAUGUCCUACCAGAAUCCUGCAGCAAACCGUACUGUGCCAGCACCCUCAGCAGCAUCUCUUCAUUCAAAAGCAGCAAAAUCAGAAUUCAACUCUUACAAUCUGACUGGUUAUGUGUAGAUUCAGUUGUGUGUUCAGUGGCAGUGUGGGGCACACAGUGAAACCACUUUAAGGAGUCAUUACAAAAUUAUUCUUUAUCACAAAAUCAUUCUCUCCGAAGGAAUUCAGCUGUCAAAGCCCUUGCAAAAUAGUAUAAAGAUAUCUUUUUGCUAA